CCCUAAGCUCUAUCUAGCAUCGGGCGCGGAUAACUGGAGGCGCAGCGCCGAACCCUCCGCGCCCAGGUCACCUCCCCAGACCUAGCCCGGCAGAGACCUGGGCUUCGGGGCGCAGGGACCGGACUCCGGGUCAGACUGCGAGCCCCACCCAGAAAAGAGGGCGCCGCCGAGAGCUGGGAGGCGGCGCCGCGCUCUGGAGGUCGUGUUGUGGGCGCCGUCCUAGUGGCGGGCUGCGCACGGCGGAGGGGACAUGCGGUCGGAGAAAUCCCUUACGCUGGCGGCGCCGGGGGAGGUCCGUGGGCCGGAGGGGGAGCAACAGGAUGCGGGAGACUUCCCGGAGGCCGCCGGCGGCGGCGGCGGCGGUGGCGGCGGCGGCUGCUGUAGCAGCGAGAGGCUGGUGAUCAACAUCUCCGGGCUGCGCUUCGAGACGCAGCUGCGCACCCUUUCGCUGUUCCCGGACACGCUCCUGGGGGACCCCGGCCGCCGCGUCCGCUUCUUCGACCCGCUGAGAAACGAGUACUUCUUCGACCGCAACCGGCCCAGCUUCGACGCCAUCCUCUACUACUACCAGUCCGGGGGCCGGCUGCGGAGGCCGGUCAACGUGCCGCUGGACAUCUUUCUGGAGGAGAUCCGCUUCUACCAGCUGGGGGACGAGGCCCUGGCGGCCUUCCGCGAGGACGAGGGCUGCCUGCCCGAAGGCGGCGUCGACGAGAAGCCGCUGCCCUCCCAGCCCUUCCAGCGCCAGGUGUGGCUGCUCUUCGAGUACCCCGAGAGCUCGGGGCCCGCCCGGGGCAUCGCCAUCGUCUCGGUCCUGGUCAUCCUCAUCUCCAUCGUCAUCUUUUGCCUGGAGACGCUGCCCCAGUUCCGUGCAGAUGGUCGAGGUGGAAGCAAUGGAGGUGGUGUGGGUAGAGGCUCCCCCGUGUCCAGGGGCAGUCAGGAGGAAGAGGAGGAGGAAGACGAUUCCUACACAUUCCACCCAGGCAUCACCCCCGGCGGCAUGGUGGCAGGGGGCUCAUCCUCCCUAAGCACUUUCGGGGGUUCCUUCUUCACGGACCCCUUCUUUCUGGUGGAGACGCUGUGCAUUGUCUGGUUCACUUUCGAGCUGCUGGUGCGCUUCUCCGCCUGCCCCAGCAAGCCAGCCUUCUUCCGCAACAUCAUGAACAUCAUCGACUUGGUGGCCAUCUUCCCCUACUUCAUCACCCUGGGCACCGAGCUGGUGCAGCAGCAGGAGCAGCAGUCAGCCAGUGGAGGAGGGGGCCAGAACGGGCAGCAGGCCAUGUCGCUGGCCAUCCUCCGAGUGAUCCGCCUGGUCCGCGUGUUCCGCAUCUUCAAGCUCUCCCGCCACUCCAAGGGGCUGCAGAUCCUGGGCAAGACCCUGCAGGCCUCCAUGCGGGAGCUGGGCCUGCUCAUCUUCUUCCUCUUCAUCGGGGUCAUCCUCUUCUCCAGCGCCGUCUACUUCGCCGAGGCGGACGAUGUCGAUUCGCUCUUUCCCAGCAUCCCGGAUGCCUUCUGGUGGGCCGUGGUUACCAUGACCACCGUGGGCUAUGGGGACAUGUACCCCAUGACAGUGGGGGGCAAGAUCGUGGGCUCGCUGUGUGCCAUCGCCGGGGUCCUCACCAUCGCCCUGCCUGUGCCCGUCAUUGUCUCCAACUUCAACUACUUCUACCACCGGGAGACGGAGCAAGAGGAGCAGGGCCAGUAUACCCACGUCACUUGUGGGCAGCCCACCCCGGACCUGAAGGCAGCUGACAAUGGACUUGGCAAACCUGAAUUCCCUGAGGCCACCCGGGAGCGGAGACCCAGCUACCUUCCCACUCCACAUCGGGGGUACGCGGAGAAGAGGAUGCUCACCGAGGUUUGACUGAUGCCUGCACGGAAGACACGGAAGUCCCUUCGGGUUUCCUUCUCACUCUCCACUGCUCACCCCCCAAGCUCCAGGUGACUUCCCAACUCCCUCCCCGACACCCGGUGGUUGGUGCCAGGACCACACGCCUGGACCGUCAGCCUUGUUACUUGACCCCUGCAGCAUCCAAGGUUUAUCCAUCUAAGUGACAUUUUUGAAAUUCUAACGGUGCCAUCCAUUUGUGCCCAUCUUCUGUCACAUGGAUGAGAUUUCCAUCUGACCUUCCUUCAAGACUCUGACUUUUCAUGUCUGGGACUUAGAAGAUCUCUAGGAAGAGUGAUGUUGACAGCACAGAAACCAGGCAUACCUGGGCCCCAUUUCUCCUGCAUCCUUGGCUUUGGGGCAUGCACCUGUCUUAGCUUGCGGCCACAUGGUAACUAGCAGAAGCUGGUGGACCAAAACAUGGCUCAUCCAAUUGUUUUCCUCCAGUGCCCUGUUCAUAGACUGGCCCUCUUGCAGAAGACCCUUGGGAGAGCCUUCAGCUGCACAGCCUCAAAAGCUGUGAUUCAUCCCUAAUCUUGGAUGGAAUUAGAGAAACUACAGUUACCCUUGGCCAUUUGGAGAUUGUGAGAGUCAGUCCUGGACCAAAGGGGCCAAUGGAUUUUUCCAGAUGUGACUUGGCACAGUAGACACCAGUCUUUGGUCCUGUCAUUCUGAUCUCCUGACUCUCUCUGGCUUCCAGGAAGGCUCCUUCACAGAGCCGAAUACUCUUUUGGUGCAAGUGCCUUCCUGCACAGAGGAAGUGGCAAAGGGGAACCACAGAGCCGGGAGAAACAGCUGAAUGGAAUCGAGCACCUGGCUCGACUGCUUAUCAGAAGAGAGGUGCCUCUCAGACGAUGCCGUGUCAGAAGGGCAGAGGAGCUAGCUGCUGACAGCGUAUUUGUCUCUCACACAUCCCCCAAUCCUCUCUAGCCACCGCCCCCCCCUUCCUGGAAAUCUGACUUAGGAUUGCAGUUGAAGGCUUUCUAUAGAGACUCCACCUUACACCUGCAGACAGGUCAAAGCACACAUUGGAUGCUAGCGUGGGUUCCCCCGCUCCCAUUUCCUGGGAGAUGCGAGAGGUGGUUUAGAAUAAGGAAGAAGCCUUAGUCUUUUGCUGACAGCUUCACGGUUAGAGGGUUUUUUUUGGCUGAGUUAAGCAAACAGUUGUGCGGCUCAGGCCCUGGGGCUGCAGCCUGUGGCUCUAACUGGUAAGGUGCCGGGGUGGUGGGAGUUACCACCUGGACCAAGCCAUCUCCUUGUAUCAUGAACCCCUCCUUCCCAUCCGCCCAUGUCCCCUCAUCUCUGUCCUCAUCACACUGUCAUUCAUGUGUUGCCUUGAUAAACUGUGAUGUACCGUUCUGAGCUCUCCCGGGUGCAGUUCGGAAACUGAAAGGACCAUUAACCUGUUUUUUCUUUCUUUUUUUAAAUUUUGUAAUCUAGGCUUGAAGACUCUUUGAUGAGGGUUUUUUUAAACAGUCUUUUCUCUAAGAGCCGCUGAUGAGGGAUGGCCUCUUGAGGGUUUUCCUGAGUGACACUGUGGCACCCGCGGGUGCCUGAUCUCCGUCUGCAUUUUACCACACUUUACAGGGUAGCUAGGGUGCCGCAGUUCCUCUCUGUGCCUCAGUUUUCCCCAUCCAUUCAAUGGGAACAUUCAUGUCUGACCCCCACCCCUGCCUCAUGCCCCCUGGGGAAGGUCCCGGGAAUGCCUCAGGGAGCCUAGGGGUGAUGCUAUGCAAAUGUGUGACUUUUCCGAAUGACUUCUGGUUCAAGACCCUGUUUCCCCAGCUCCCCCGGGCAAGGCCUCCCCCCUAGACUUCCUGCCUCAGAUCCAAAGCCCACCAACCAGCCAUUCUGGGCCACGUUAGCCCUGUCACUCCCUCCCUGGCCUCUUGAACUGCUCGUCAGUCUUGCUUCUUACCCUUCGGCAAAGAGGAGGCUGUUUGGAUGGAUUCAGUGGGAUCCUUCCAGGGCCAGACAGCAUCUCCGUUGGGAGCGUGGCGUCUCCAAACCUGAAAUGCCGUAGGAGAUGUUCAUGAUUCAGACACCUGCUCUGAGGUCCUAAAAUGCCAGUUUCCCCGUCUCUUCAGUUACCCCUGGCUGUUCAGGGCGAGGAGAAGGGCCCACCCAGAGGCAAAAGGGGUGCUCCCAGCGAGGGUAAGUGUUGGAGCGAGUAUGCUUGUGUCUCUGUGUGUACGUGUGCUUGCCCUCAUCACCGUUUCCUUUUCAAGUCAGAGUCUGCCCGAAAGUCAAGGGUUUAUGGAGAGCUGGGCUCUCCAGGGACUCUGGUUGCCAUAGCAACCUUCCAGACUGUUCUCUCUAUCUUCUGCUUUGGGCAGUAAGGAAGAGCAUGCGUCUACCUAUUCCCAGCUUCUGAAUAGGGGACACCUCCCCCAUAUUGGUUUAGGGGCCGGUGGCACCUGGACGGGGAUGCAUGCCCUUUGGAAGGUGGAGGGGGGAGAAGCAGGUCCCCAAAACUUCCCAUCUGGACCUUUCUUCCUGGUUUCCCCACCUGGUCCUUGCAGCUGCCUCGUCUCACCACGGAGUCUUCAGAAACUUGAAUACGAAGCAACUGCCAGUUAAAGCCCUGUUGAUAUGAUCUGUUUGGAAAUGGCCUCGGAGGGGACAGGCUUCUGGAGGGAAGCGGGGUCUCGCCAAGGGUCACACUAGUUUUAGUCCGCAACAGCCCCAUGGAGCGCUCACGUCCUCAGAGAGAGGCUCCUGCCAGCUCCUCUCCUUUCAAGGAACAGUCUAGCACCUGGGAGGAAUCCCAGAGGUGAUUCUCCUUGAGACGUCCAAGGAAAACGGACAGGCUGACCUGACCUAGUUUCUCUGGAAGAUUCUGCCCAUCGCUCUCCUUCUGCCUCUGAGCCGUUUGGUGUGGAUCUUGCUCCCUGAGCACCAAGGGGAGCUGUGCCCAGUGCCGCCGUGACAGCUGGGGUGGUGACUUCACAGCUGCCAGCAGAGGAACUCAGGCCAUCGUUACACCUGGCUCAGGCCCCACAGGAGCUCCCCGAGGUCUUCCUGGAUCUGGCAGGCUGAGCUGAGAUGCGGGAUGUGCCUCCUGCCUGAUCGGCCCCAGGAGAGGAGGGGACAGCUGGCCGCCUUUGCACCUGAGGGCUGGGUCUGAUGUCCGAUGUUCACCCACUCGCUCUCGGCUAAGAUGCAACGCCUCUACAGCUAGGCUCCUGUGAAACAAGCGUGCAGCGCGGACCCUGAUGAAAUCACAGUCUCCAGGCACCGCGUGGGGGCGUCGUGGACAGAGCGCGGACUUCGCUAUCGGACUGAACCGGUUCAAAUCCUCCUCUCACUCACGAGCGUUGAGACCUCAGACACCUUUCUCUCUACAACACAGGGACCAUGGUACUGACUUUACAGCACAACCGUGAGGGUUUUCUAAUGGAGCUGGGAUCUAUUUAGCCCAUGAGCAUUGCUCAGCAAAAGCAAGAAAUCUCCUUGAACAAAAUGAGCAAUAGCUGCUCUGUGCUUGAAUGCUGGAGCUGGUUUGGUUCUAGUUUGGGAAUUAUCGGGUGCCUUUGUGUUCAGAGCUGGGAGCAGAAGACAGGGGCUUCCUUUUGCCUGGUCUCCAGGCCCUGAGGGGGACGGCCCUGUGCAGAGCUCGGCUGUCACCCUGCAGCCCGUCAUCAUUCCUCUGAGGCCCCGGCAGCACAGACAGAGUGGGGGAUGGGGCAGUGUGUAGCAACUAGAAGAAGCAGGUGCCUCUCUUACUCCGCUUCCAGGCUUCGGAAGUCCAUUUAGCCUACAAUCCAAUUAAAGGCCUGCUCUUCGACCCCACCCCAGGCCGGCAGGAAGCCCGCUGGGUAAGGUCACAGGGAUGCACAAGUGGAUAGAGAUUCUUUUGGCCUGAGCACUUCCAAGGUCACUGGCAUUGGCCUGGUGGCCCCUGAGACAAUGAGCCUUUGAGAGGCUUCUGGAGCUUGGCUACAGGGGACAGUGGCUUGUGCCAGGUCUGCCUCGUGACCUCGUAGAAUGAAUUUUGCCAGCUGCCUUGAGAGAGCGCUUCUUCUGGUAGGUGUCUUUCAUGCCCUGAAUCACCACAUCUGAGCUCACUUCCCAGCCAUUCACCUGUUCCCAGGACAAAUCCCUAUGGAGCAGCCAUCUUUCCAGGGCCCGAGAGGAUCCUGCCUUUCUCUGUCUCCCCUCAUACCCCCAUCUCUUUGAGUCUCACACCUCCUUCAAGGACCACCCGGCACCUGUCCUGCUUCAUGAGGCCUCCAUAUGGGGGGACAGGCCCACUCACUGUGUCCCUAGAGGGGUGACCUUGUAUCGCUCUGCAAAUUACUGUGCUUCAGAUUCAAAUCCUUUCCACAGACACAGAUAUUGCCAGCCCCUCACCUCAAAGAGUUGACAGCCUGGUUGAAAAUGUGUCUUAACUUCAACGGGCCUGUCAUUUCCUUGAAGGCAGGGGCCUCUUCUCAUCUUUUCAGCCCCCAGCAGUGCUCUAUCUGGGAGCUGACAGUGAUGGCAUCGAAGAGUGGCAUUUCAAAGUAACCCCCCCGCCCCCCCCAAAAAAACCUGGGAGCUCCUGUUGUGGCCCAGCAAGUUAAGAACCAGACUAGUAGCCAUGAGGACGUGGGUUUGAUCCCUGGCCUCCCUCAGAGGGUUAAGAAUCCGGCGUUGCUGUGAGCUGUGGUGUGGGUCGAAGAUGUGGCUUAGAUCUGGCAUUGCUGUGGCUGUGGUGUAGACAGGUAGCUGCAGCUCCAAUUUGACCCCUAGCCUGGGAACUUCCAUAUGCCGCACAUGUGGCCCUAAAAACAAAAACCAACCAACAAACAAAACCCCAAACCCAAAGAACAUUUAUUAUCUCAGAACGUGGAGCCUUGAGGAGGGACGGCUCUGGGGACUGGGCGAUCAGGUGGCUCUUGCUCUGUCAUUAAUUUCAAAACUUAGGGGUGAUGACGGAAAGAUGUUAUCAGAAUCUGGGUUCUUGUUCACGGCAGUCAAAGAAUGAACUCCGCGAACACACAGGCAGCAAGCAAGCAAAGUCUUUAUUACAGGAAAGCAAAGAGCUCUCAGGGCUGCUGGGAGGGGGAGAAGAGCCCCCUUCUUUAUUGUCCUAUAGGGAUUUUUAUCUCUUAAAGGUGGGGGGAGGUACCAACGUGGGGUCCAGAAAAAUGUGAUUUUCUCCCAUUGGCCCUGCCCAGUUACCUCCAUCAGUCCUGGUCCAAUAGGGGUUCUAGGCGUGGAAAUGUCCCGUGGAAGUUUUAUGGUUUCUUUGUCCUUUUCUUUCCUUAGACUAAGUCACCAUUCCUCUCAUUCCUUUUCUAUCAGUUGAGGAGUGGGCUGGAGAGUUGUAUUCCUAUAGUAAACAAGGCCUGUGGGGAAGGCACAUUUCCUAUAAUAAAACAAGUCCAGUGGGGGUGUUACUCCCUGGAGCCCUUAAGCCACAAAAGUUAAUCAAUAUCCAUAUCAAAGACUGUAUCCAGCCCAUGUUCCUACACUGACUCCCCCGAGUUAAUAUCUUGCCUCCGGGGUUGAAAGAACAGACAUUAUUUUUGGGUUCUAGUUUUGGUGACCUGUUCAGCAGGUCAGCAGUUUAGGCUGGGCUUAGCCAAGGUGCAAGAUGCCCUCCUGUGCUGGGAAGAUGCGGAGUGGAGGUGGAGUGGGGCGGGCAUCACCAUCCUGCUGACCUCAGACGUGUGGGAUUCCCACACCCCAUGUCUCCUGGCCAUGCUGGCUCCCUUGACCCUCUCCAGGAGCCAGAGAAGCCCUCCCUCAGGCUGCUGGGACAGGUGGGAAGGAAGCGCAUCUCUUUCAUUCGUGGAAAUACCUGCAUCAAAUAUUCAGGGCUGCCAGGAAAUCAUCAAGGGGAGACACUGGAUCAAGUAGAGAGAGGCAGGAGGAAAAGCUUUGCCCACCAGCCUCCAUCCCUCCAGGCUUCCGUCAGUGCCCACCUCCCACCUCUGCUCUCUUGAGCACCUGUCGCGUUGAUAGGGAUUGAGUAGGAUGUUACACAGGUAGUCACGGAAGCAGGUAGAGAGGGAAACCUAGGGAAUUUGGGGAGACCACUGUAAGUUAAUAAUUGAAUAAUCGCUCAAGAAAGCCAUCAGGAGUUCCCGCUGUGGAGCAGUGGUUAACGAAUCCGACUAGGAACCAUGAGGUUUCGGGUUUGGUCCCUGCCCUUGCUCAGUGGGUUAACGAUCCGGUGUUGCCGUGGGCUGUGGUGUAGGUUGCAGACGCGGCUCGGAUCCCACGUUGAUGUGGCUCUGGCGUAGGCUGGUGGCUACAGCUCCUAUUCGACCCCUAGCCUGGGAACCUCCAAGUGCCGCAGGAGCGGCCCAAGAAAUAGCAAAAAGACAAAAAAAAAAAAAAAAAAAAAAAAAAAAAAAGAAAGCCAUCAGAACGAAGCAGGCUUACUGCAAAUAAAAGCAUGAGAUAUGCAUGAGAUAUGCCUCAGGUCAUUACCCUUCGGACCCAGGGCAGGCGUUUAAGGACUGCCCUUCUGCUGAUUUGAAUAACCACCUUGACAGUCCUAGUCUGCCCUUAUAGGGUCAAAAACUCUCUUACCAGAUACGAAGGAGGAGCUUCUACUGGAAGAAAGAGAAAGAGGUGGUCUUUUCACACCCCCACCCCCCUCGGAUUAUAAAAGUGUAGCCCACCUGAUCUCCGGGGGCAGAGCCUCCUCGCUUGCCUGCUUGCCUCUCUCACCAGUGUCUUAUCUCAAUAAAUCUAUUUCUUGCUGA